UCAACCUUUGAGUUUAUGUUUGUACAAACAGCGGCGGAGUCAACCUAUUAAAACUCUGUCACGAGACACACCUAAAAUUUGGAAGAAAGAAUAUUGACUCUACAUAUUAGACAUUUAUGUAACACGAGAAGUUUUAGACAUUACUUAAGCAUAUAAAUAACGAACGAUUAUUUCCAAAUACACGUCACGACUGUUUAUACAACAAGAAACUUGUAUUCAUAGGCUAAUUUCUCUUUUUUGUUAAUACAUUACUUGAAUAUUAAAAUUUUAAAAUAUUUAUAUUCUAUAAAAAGAUACACCUAUUUUAAUCUUAUGGUUCCGCCUCUGUAUACAAACCCACAUAUAUUGUCCGUCAAACUUAAAUCCUCUCGAUAAAAAAAAUUCCAUCCAAUCAAAGAUCUAUGUCGCGAACUAGUUUGUCCCAAUAUCAUAACGUCCAAAAAAGUCAUUACCUUUCCACGUCCCAAAUUAUACGUUGGGUUGGACAUUUCGUGCAACCAAAAUGAAUGCUGCCAGUGGCGGAUCCAGGGGUGGCCACCCCGGGUCACGGCUCAGUCCUCUUCUGUAUUCGGAGGUAGUAUAGGUUUUAUAAGUUUAUAGAUUUUAGUCAUUCGGUUCAGUAUUAUUUUAUAGUAAGGUUGUGUGUAACUAAAAAAAUGGGUCAGAUGGACAUAUUCAAAUCACAAUUAUAAAUUUAGCUUAGAGUUGAAAGAGAGUAAUAUGCUAUUGGUAUGUAUGUGUACUCCAUUAUUGAUGAAAUCACUAUAUUAAAAGAUCGACGUGUACAAUUGAUAUUGUAAAAAAAUUAUUAAUUUCUUUUACGGUAUCUAAUUUUCUAAUGAAAUGAGGCCCAGUGUUCUACUAUGUUCUAGAUCCAUAGCUGAUGGUGUCGCCGGGGACCAAUUUGGCAAUGAUGAUGGGAACUCGUAGCAAAAUUUCCACAUGGUGGGUUCCUUUGCUUUUUCAGGAUCCGCCGGACACGAUUUGGCCACACAUAUAUAUGUAUAACUGAGUCAACUCCAAGUCUCCGGCGUUACUUUCCGUCCAACCACGAUUGACACCACUGGCUGGAAGUAUAUAUAUUGAGAUUGACUGCAGACUUUUCUUCCCGGCAACGACCGAUCGAUCAAUCAAAUCCGAGUUACAGUGCGGAUCGAAGGCAUGCAUGGCCCUCAUCAACGUGUAGGCAAGUGCAAGACUUUCCUUAGGGUAAAUAGGUGCUUUUGCAUCAACCAUGGCUGUUAGAGAUUCAAUUUCGAUUAAGAAAAUAUUGAAUCAUAUUCCAAGUAUUGACAACUGAAUCUCAAACACAGGGAAGACCAUUAAUGGUAGAUUAUUACUUGAAGUAAUAAUAAUACAGUACUGCAGGAGGGACGACUUGACCGAGGGAUGAUAAUCUCUUCUACUUAUCAGUGGUGAUCCAUCUCACUCUUAGACCCAUUUUUUUCCAUCCAAAAUUGCAUGAAAUUUUUCUCAAAUUACUCGGCAUUUUACUUUUAUUAACUCAUAUUUUAGUUAUAAUGAAGUUGUAAGUAUAUUUAAUUAUUUAUCAUAUGUAGUUCCUUGUUUUUUUUAAUGAAAAAUGAAUAUUACUAGUAUUUUCCUUUUAAAUUACAUACCUCUAUAGGUCGACUUGCCCAACCUGUAUCCCAUGAUAAAUUAUUCGACCUGUCACGGGACGCAGUGACGGAGGAAAGUAAAGAGGAGAGGGGUCGAGGACCCACUUGGCAAAAUUUUGGAAGAAAAUUCAUUAGAUAAAUAGAUUUUGGCAUGAUUCUGCAAAUAUUAUGGACCCCAUACUUUCGUCGGAAUUUGUUCUAACUAAGGACCCAAAUCUACUUAAAGGGCUUGUUGAGCUAACCUGUGUUAAUGAGCAUUUACCGAGCUGGAUCAUCAAAAUUCGAGUUCGAGCCGAGCUCGAGCUAAAAAAUUUAUAAACGAGUCAAUCUCAAACUAAGCAAAAACUCAACUCGACUCGACUCGUUUGCUGCCUAACCACAACCACACUUUAGAUUUAGCAACAAGAGUAGAAGACAUUUUGCGAGGGACUCCGUUCCUGCAGGGCACCACAACCGAACGUAAUUUCACGGCACCACUCGGAAGACUUGGCGGGAAGUCUCGACGGAUGUGGAUGCUUUAUAUGUGCCCAUGCUGCCCAGUACAGAAACCCAAACAACAGUAACGUAAGACUCGUGACUUUCCAGUCAUAGCUAGAUAAUUCGAUUUAGGUCACAUCAUCAGUAUGAAUAGUCUGGUGAUCGGAUCUUUCUACUAGUUGGCAUGCAUGACCCGUAUAUUGGGCUAAUAUUUUUGUCUGCAACUAUUGAGUAGCAUCAAUAAUACCUCUGUUUGUGGAAAAUGGUGGCCUGCAGGCUGGACUGAGAUUGAGCCCGCCCAAAAGGGACUCCUUGUGGAAACUUCAAAACAAACAAGCAAACAAGAAAGAAAGAAAGAAAGCUGCUAGCCUGCUACGAUUUAAGAUGUGUUCAUAAUAUUAUGUGGUGCAUACAUGUUUAAGGAGGAGUAGUCGAUCCGCCAUAAUGCUGCAUUAUCUCGUAGGAAGUUAGUGACAUCUUUCGUAGGAAGCGUAGCUUGCCUCCACCAUAGGAUGGAAAAUUUGUUCAAAAGAGAAAGCUUUGUAAAUAUCUAAGGUUCUAAAAAGCGCGCCUAGACACUCGUCUAAACUCAGGCACAAAUUAGAAGAAAAACACCUCGUCUUUGUCAAAAGUACCGGAGGAUAAUAUUAGCGUAUUAUACGUAACGCUCAACGCAUAGUUACAUGCUAGACUCAACGCUCGGGCCUAACUCUUUCUUGAAUCGGUAACGAUUAUUAUUUCGCAGCAUCGACCCAUAGGUUGGGCAAGAAAUUAAAUUGAUCCAGCAUUCAUUCCUUGAUCUCUCUCUCUCUCUCUCUCUCUCUCUCUCUCUCACCCCCUCUUUCACUCCUCUCUCUUUGAUCUCUUUCGAUGGACGGAGAAUGAGCCCCCAAAGUAACGCGCAAUAAUGUUGUGGAAACUUCACAAAAAAACGAACACAGAAAAGUAGAGAAAUCUGAAAAGAGAAUGGCUGGCUAUACUCCUUAUCCUUAAUUAGGUUUGUGUGGUUGUCAUUUUUUAUUAUCACUUAGAAUUAAUGUGAGGGUCGUUAAUUCGUCUGACACUUCCAUUGUUGCUGUCUAUAUAUAGAUUGAGUGGCAUUGCAAAAUAUUUGGAAUUAUAAGCUUUUUCAAAUUAAAACUAAAACUAAAAUGAGGAGGUUAAGCACUAGAGUGGCAGACGAUUCUCGUUGCAGCAUGAGGUUCCUAAUGGCGCUGGCCUUAGCGGCGGUGACGGUGAUGACGGCGGAGUGGCAGAGCUGCGUCGGUAAUUGCUUGGAGCAGGAAAGGCUUGCCCUCUUGGAUAUCCAUGCCUUCUUCGGUGACGCCGCCCUCUAUUCACAAAGCAGCGGUGAUUGCUGUGGUUGGAGAGGAGUUACUUGCAAUCACACAACGGGGAGGGUGAUUGAGCUUGGAUUUUAUGGUGCAGAGUAUGGAAGGUUAAGAACAGGAGGAAGGUAUCUAAAUGCUUCUUUGUUUCUACCUUUCCAAGAACUCAGACUACUUUCAUUGUUCGACUUUCCCUUCUGUGGUUGCAUGGAGAAUGAAGGAUUCGAUAAAUUAUCAAAACUUGCGAAUCUGAAAGUUCUGAUGUUAUAUGCCAACGAAUUCAGCAAUGAUAUACUCCCAUCUUUAGGCAAGCUUUCACAGCUGGAAGGACUGCAUCUUUCUGGAAAUAGUCUAAAAGGAAUGGUUGACGUUGAUGAACUAAACGAACUUAGUGGCUUGAGGCGGCUGAGUUUGCGCGACAAUAACAUCCAAGGAUUUGUUUCAUAUCACGGUGAUGAAAGUAUGUUGAGAUUGUCACACUUGGAAGAGCUGGAUCUAUCUGAUAACAAUUUCAAAAAUGAUAUAUUGUCAUCUUUAAGCAGACUUUCAUCUCUAGAGCAUCUGAAUCUGGAUUCUAAUAGACUAAACGGAAUGGUUGACAUUGAUGAAUUAAAUAAACUUGGUGGCUUGAAGGAGCUGUUUUUGGGGGACAAUGAAAUUCAAGGAUUCGCAUCCUUUCACGGUAAUGAAACUGUGUUGAGAUUGCCGCACCUGGAAUGGCUGGAGCUAUCUAAUACUAGCAUUAGCAGCACCGCCAUGAUUUUCUCGGCAUUCAAGCAGCUUUACUCCCUCCAAUAUCUUUCACUCGCUGAUAACAAUCUAUUCGAAGGAUCAGUGGACAUGAAAGAGUUGGCUGCUCUCACCAAACUACAAGAGCUGGAGUUAAGUGGGAAUCUUGUAGUGGAAGACUUGGCCGCUUUAAUGAACUUAGAGUCGCUUACACUAGGCGACACUACUCCUCUUCAAAGACUUGGCCGGUUUGACUUUCAAGGAUCGUCAAAGCUGGAGAAACUGAAUACACUGUGGAUAUUAACCUCUAUCAUAGAAGUCAACUUCUUUAGAAGUAUUGGGACUUUGAUGACCAAUCUUACGUAUUUGAAGAUUUUCAAUAGCCCGUCUCUCGUGAAUUCCACGAUCCCACAAGAUUUUUGUAACUUAAAACAUCUCCAAGAAAUACAACUCUCGGGGAAUGGUUUGGUCGGCGAGUUGCCACAAUGCUUUUCAAAGUUGACGUCACUUCAACGUUUGGAUAUCUAUUACAAUCAGUUAUCGGGGGAUUUAUCUCAAUCUCCCCUUACCACCAUAUUCUCCCUUCAAACCAUUGAUAUUUCCCAAAACCUAUUCCUGAUCCCAUUCUCCCUCUCCCCAUUUUUCAACCAUUCUCGUCUUAAAAUUUUUUAUGGGAGUUCUAACCAAGAGAUCUAUGAAGAUGAACAUCGUGACUAUGUAAAACAACAAGGUACUUUCCUACUACACCAACCACUUUUCCAGCUCACGGACUUGAAAUUGGGUUCUAGCCAACGCAACGACAACAUUGAUGGAGUAUUUCCUAAAUUUUUAUACCAUCAACAUGAUUUGGAACAUGUUGAUAUCUCAAAUAUCAAAUUGAAGGGGGUUGGAUUCCCAUCGUGGAUGUUAGUUAACAAUACAAAUUUAGCCUAUCUCACCCUUUCCAACUGUUCACUUUCGGGAUCUUUUCCGUUGACAGUUCAGAACUGGUCUAGGUUAUCUUUUUUGGAUGCUAGCAACAAUGAUAUUUCUGGUAAAAUUCCAAGAUGGAUUUGGAAUCUUCCCGUGCUCCAAAUUUUAGAUCUUUCAAAGAACAAUUUGUCUGGAAGUUUACCAUCGGGUUUCAUUACUUCACGGAUGAGUGAAGUUUAUUUAUCAAGAAAUCAACUCAAAGGAACUUUAACCAAGGGAGAUCAUGGGAAUUUAAGUUCUCAUAAUGAGUAUCCAAUCUACUCUUUGUCUGUCUUGGAUCUUAGCCACAAUCAUCUCUCGGGUACCAUCCCCAAAUGGAUUUCUAUACUUCCUAGAUUGAGCUAUCUGUUAUUGAACAACAACGAGUUCUAUGGUGAAAUCCCUAUACCUUUUACCUUGGAACAAGUGAAGCUGAUUGUUAUUUCUCACAAUCAUUUUUUCGGUCAGCUUGCCUCGGUGCUCACAUCCAAUAUAAGCACGAUAUCUUACAAUGGAUACAUCACAAAAGAUUUGGAAUUGGUUACCAAGACAAAUUUGUAUACUUACAAAGGGAAGCCUCUCGAUUCGUUGUCUGGCUUUGAUUUCUCAAACAACAACUUCAGUGGUGAGAUCCCUCCUCAAAUCAGCUAUAAGGAUGACAUGAAAUUUCUCAACUUGUCGAACAACCAGCUGAAAGGAUCAAUUCCACCGUCAUUUUCAAGGUUGUUGCAAAUUGAGAGUUUGGAUCUCUCACACAACAAUUUGAGUGGAACAAUUCCUUCUGAACUCGCGGCUUUGACUUUUCUAGGAUCUUUUAGUGUGGCAUACAAUAAUCUAUCUGGCAAGUGCCCUAAGGUUGCACAGUUUGCUACAUUCAACGAUAGUAGCUAUCAGGGGAAUCCUUAUCUCCGUUGCACCUUUCCGCUGCCGCCUUCUGGACCAUUAUUGACGCCACCAGCUUCUUACGAUGGAGAUGAUGAUUAUGGAGGAAGCUUCAUUGACAUGGAAAGUUUCUACGCAAGCAGUGGUGUGUCUUUCGUUAUGGUGCUGCUGACAAUUGCGAGUGUUCUCUACAUAAAUCCAUAUUGGCGAGGAGUAUGGUUUUACUACGUCAGGGUCACCAUCACUAGUUGCUACUAUUUUGUGGUGGAUCAUCUCCCGGUGCCGGUCAAGUAAAGGUGCUGGAACUUCGGGUGUAGAAUUGGAUGUUUCACAAAUGUUUGGGGAUGCUAGCUGAAGUUGUACUCUUCUUCUUUAUCGAUAUUUUUGUAAUAUGUAGUUUGUGUGCCUUAUACACUAUCACAUAUGUAGUGCUUAGUGACCUCGAAUGAGAUUACAAAUAAAUGAGAGUUCUGAAUGAGAACUCCAUGGCACUUGGCAGCCGGGACGGACUUUACUGAUACAACUUCAUCCAAAGUGAAUCUUGGGCCCCGGCUCAAAUCCAUUAAAAGCCCGUCGAAAGUUUAUCCAGUCCAAUAACAAAGCCCAAAUGAUUUUCACGAUGGGCCUAACUAGAGUCGGCUCAGUCAACAACUGAAAUAAAAACCGCCUUCAACCACGAAAAUUCCGAUUGGAGUAACGAAAUUGCCCCUUCCUCACCAAACAUCCAUCGGAAGCAGGAGGGGAAGAAGUUGGUGGAUUUGGGAUUGGGAUCGACGGAUCGGUUCGGGCCGGAGCCGGAGACGGUUCGGAAGGAGGAGUUUAAUAAAGCCGUGGAUGUGAUGUAUGCAGGUUCGGCGUUUUUCACCUCGCCGCCUCCGAGCUCGCUACCUGUGCCGGCGUUUUUUAGAAAAGGUGGGGUUGGGGAUGCUAAUACUGAUCUCCGGCGAUUACUGAGGCUGAAUCUAGUUUAAUUUGGUGAUCGAUGAGAAGAUCGAAGGAUCAGAGAUGAUGAUUUGGUAGAUGGUGAUGUUUUCUUGUUGUUGGUGUUUUCGUUGCUGCUGUUGUUGUUGAUUGCUUGGUGACAAGAAGCUUGUGAUCACUCCUUUAUUUUUUCAAGAGGAAGGCUGAUCAGAGCUCAAGCAAUUUGGUGGGAAGUGCCAUAUUGGAGGGGAGGUGGAAGUUGAAGCUGAGAUUCUCCUCCAUCAAUGGUUGAAACAGGGGAAUGGUUAGAUGGGUAGUUUUGCUUCAGUAAUUGUGAGGUUAAUUAGGAUACUUCUGUGUUGUAAAUGUAGUCAUUACAAGUAACUAUCUGUAACCUUUUGCUCUCUGUAACCUCAUUGUGUCGAGGUUCUUGGGAUUCUGGGUUUUCUGCUUUCAUCCAUGUAGUAACCUCUCUCUUAUACACCACUUAUGAAAUAAAGUUCGAAGCUUUUG